AUGUUGUAUGAACUGAUUGCUGUUGUCCGCCCAGGCAGCCUCAACGAGGUCCGGGAGAUCGCUCGUAAUGCCGGCAUUCAAGUCCUCCGAUCAGGCGGCGUAGUCCGCGGAUACACAAACUGGGGCACGUUCCGACUGCCCAAACCCACCACCAAACAUCAAGCUCGGUACACCGACGGCCAUCACUUCAUCAUGCGCUUCGAUGCUUCCGGCGCUGUUCAGUCCGCCGUCCGCAGAACCCUCGGUCUCGACCCACGGAUGAUCCGAUUCUCAGUCGUGAAGUUGGGCGACAAGCUUGAGGAGAUCAAGGGCGUAGAGGGAAAGGUCGAAUGGACUAAUGCUCGCAAGCUCGCUGAUUCCAUCUGA